GCUUGCGUUCAUCCUACUGUGAGGGCCAUUCAGUGAGUAUGUUUCAGGUGGAUGAGAACUACACACGUGUGUCAGAGUUUGUUAUUGUGGGCUUCCCAAGUCUCCAGCCAGAGUACUUUGUCCUAGUGGCGUGGUUCUUCUUCUUCCUCUAUGUGACCACAGCGGUGGGCAACCUCCUGCUGGUAGUGGUGUUUACUUUGGAGCGCAGUCUCCAUGAGCCCAUGUACAUCAUCAUGGUCAGCCUGGCCCUCUCAGAUAUAGGUUUUGCCACAGUGGCUUUACCCAAACUAAUUGCUCGCUACUGGUGGAAUGAUGGGAGUCUUGGCUUUCACACUUGCUUCUUCCAAAUGCAUAUGAUCCACUAUUUUGGCUCCUUGAAUUCUCUGAUUUUAUUGACCAUGGCCCUGGACAGAUAUCUGGCCAUCUGUUUUCCUCUCAGAUACCCGACAAUGAUGACAAACCAAACCAUGGCAGGCUUGACUCUCUUCUGCUGGGGGAUAGCUCACAUCUUCCCUGGCAUUAGCACCAUCAGCUUUACCUUGAUGCCGUUUUGUGGACCCAACAAAAUCAUACAAGCCUUCUGUACCAUCAUGUCGCUCAAAUCUCUAGUGUGUGUGGACACCAGUCGACAAUACAGUCUUGCCUUUGCUGUAGCGAUGUUCAUUCUUUAUGUUCCUUUAGCAUUCAUCAUCUUCUCUUACAUUUGCAUCGUCAUCUCAGUAUUGCGCAUGGCCAAAGGACAGGGGAGAAUGAAGACCUUCUCUACCUGUGCCACCCAAGGCUGUAUCAUUGCUAUCUACUACAUACCACGUUUCUUUGUCUAUGUCACACCUUUCAUUCCUAACCUGACA